UAAAUUUUAUUAAGGCGCCGACAGAGAAAACUGACGUCUUAUAACACUGAACCAGCACAGUGGCAACGCUGUUGAUCACUAGUUCCGCCGCUAGUUCCGCACAGCGCAUAUGUAACACAAUUUGUAGCUGUUUUAUUGUUGUUUUCAUUAAAGUCAAUUAGAAGUAAUAGCAAAUGGCAGGUAGCACAAAGGUAAUACUUAACAUACCGCGGCUGACGGGACUAAAGCAGUUUAUGCGCUCGCUGCACACUGAUUACGCGCGCCUGUCCAGCUUUCGGUCGUCCAGCGAGGUGAAGCCGCUUGAACAGUAUCCCGAGGUGGAGGUGCUGCACAAUCCGCCUGAGUGGAAGUAUGUGGAGCGCUUGCUGCCACCACGCACCGUGCCACAGCCAGUCGAGAAGUCGGAAUAUCCCUCCGGCUGGCAGCCACAAACAGCGAAUGGCGAGGAGAGCGGCUACUUUGUGGCACGCACCAAGAAUCACAUGGUGCCCGUCUACCUAAAUACGCGAUUCCGCGGCCAGCGUCGCCUCACAAUCGUGCGAUACAUCCAGGGCGAUAUUUGGGCACUCGAACGGGAUCUGCGCCAAGUUGUGGAGCAGGCAAGAAAUGGCAAACUGUGCGCCACUCGCGUCAACGAGCUAAGCGGCCAGAUUCACAUCCACGGCGACUACGUGGAUCUGCUGCGGGAGCAUCUCAAGAGCAAGGGAUUCUAAUCCAGAACUAAGCAUUUAUUUGCAAUAAACAGUUAAAUCUUAAGACUCCGAA